AUUAUAAGGUAGUACCUGAAGUUCAAACAGGUAACGCAGCUGAAGUUAAAACUGUAACAAGCAGCUGCUAUGGACGAGGCAAUAGUUCUGUACCCAUCACCAGCCAUAGGACAUCUGGUCUCCAUGGUGGAGCUUGGAAAAUUAUUACUUACCCACCAUCCUUCCCUCACCAUCCACAUACUCGUUGCCCCUCAACCCUAUAAUGCUGGUUCCACCGCUCCUUACAUAUCUUCUGUCUCUGCCACCAUCCCUUCCAUCACCUUUCACAAUCUCCCCAACGUUACUCUCCCACCGGCCAUCACCUCCCUCCACCCUGAAACCCUUAUCUUUGAGCUCCUCCGUCUCAACAACCCUAAUGUUCAUCAAUCUCUCCUGUCUAUCUCCGAAAGCUACACCAUCCACGCCCUCAUCAUGGACUUCUUCUGCACUCAUGCUCUCUCUGUUGCGGUCAACCUCAACAUUCCUGGCUACUACUUCUAUACUUCCUCUGCUAGUUGUCUUGCUUCAUUUCUAUAUCUCCCAACCUUGCACAGAAACACCACCAAAAGCUUCAAAGACCUCAACGCCAUUGUUGAAGUUCCUGGCAUACCACCCGUACCAUCCUGGGAUAUGCCGAAGCCUGUACUUGACCGUUUUGACAAGGCCUACGAAUACUUUCUAGACUCCUCGAUCAAAAUGGCUAAAUCAGCAGGAAUACUCGUGAACUCUUUUGAAUCCCUGGAGUCGAGAGGUAUCAGUGCAAUAUCAAAUGGGCUAUGCAACCCUGACGGCCCCACACCUCCUAUUUACUACGUAGGGCCACUGAUAGCAUCUAGUGAUAAAAGAAGUGCUGGAGGUAACGAGACCGUACCAGAAUGCUUAAAGUGGCUGGACUUGCAACCGAGUCAAAGCGUUGUAUUUUUAUGUUUUGGAAGCUUGGGGUUUUUCUCCAUUGAACAGCUGAAAGAGAUGGCCAUAGGGUUGGAAAGGAGCGGCACAAGGUUCUUGUGGGUGGUACGCAAUCCACCUACUGAUCAGGACCAUAGCUUGGCCACCUCAGCCCAACUUGACCCGGACUUGGACUCGUUGCUUCCUGAGGGUUUCUUGGAGAGGAACAAGGAGAGGGGCCUGGUAGUGAAGUCCUGGGCACCACAGGUGGACGUAUUGAAUCACGAGGCGGUGGGUGGUUUUGUGACACAUUGUGGAUGGAACUCGGUAUUGGAAUCGAUAUGCGCGGGUGUGCCGAUGAUCGGUUGGCCUCUCUACGCCGAGCAAAGAAUCUGUAGGGUGUCAAUGGUGAAAGAUAUGAGGAUUGCCUUGCCAAUGAAGGAGUCGGAGGACAGGUUUGUGAGCGCAACUGAGGUGGAGAAGCGAGUCAGAGAGUUGAUGGACUCGGACAAAGGCAAGCUGAUCAAGGAGAGAACCUUGGCUAUGAAAAAUGAGGCCAAGGCUGCACUCAAUGAGGACAGGGGAUCAAGUCGCGUGGCACUAAACAAAUUCUUUGAGUCGUGCUCGUCCAUUAAAGAAGACUAGUUGGGUCCAAUCACUUACUUUGCACUUUCUUAUCAUCAUAAAGAGGGCAUCAUUGUAAGAUCAGUUUGAAAAAAAAAAAAAGUGAAGAGAAAAUAAUUUUUGUUAAUUGUUGUAAAAUAGGAGGCUUAAGAGUUAUGUUAGUGCAUGUUGUUGCAUCA